CAUUCCUCUUCCGCAAAUGACAGAAGAUUACUGCAGAGUAAUCUGGAUCAAACCGCAAUGUGACGAUUUUACGCCUGAGGAGCUGUUGCAGUUUUUCCAAUACACUACUAUUGUUGUUGAAUACAUUCGAGCUCACGACUACGUUGAUGGUUUUAUCAUAAUACUUGACUACCACGACUGGAACAUGUUGAAGUUAAUUGCAAGAUUGACUACUCCUGAUGUUCAGCCAUUUAUCAAUACUUUAAUCAAAGGCUACGGUGGACGACUGAAGAAUAUACACCUUAUAACAGAGUCAAAAGCAGUCGAAAUUCUUUUAGCAACUGUUAAAAAAUUGUUAAGUGAGAAGCUUGGUAAGAGAAUUCAAGUGCACAAAACUUUAGAAGAAUUCUACAAAGUAUUUCCUAGACAUCUUCUACCGGAAGAGUACGGAGGGAAACAAAACUCUUGUGAGAAGUUACAGGCUGCAUUACUGGAAGAAUUAUCUUCAGAGAAACAUAUAGAAUACUUGAAAAUAAUGUCUAAAGCCUGCACGGAUGAGUCCAAACGACCGACGGUCAAGUUUAAUGAAGAAUAUAUGGGCAUGCCUGGGUCUUUCAGGAAUCUGAAAGUAGAUUAAUUUUGUUGGAAAUAUUCUCUAUUGUAAUGUAUUAGAAUGUAUUUUUAAGUGUG